GUUUCGAGCUGUGAUAAUUGUAAUUUGUGCAUGUGUAAAUUGUAUUUUUUAUCUUUUUAUUUCAUAAUUUUUGUACUUAUGCACAAAAUGUUUUGUUUUAGUUACCAAUUAUGAAGUAUGCGCGCACAAAUCCAAAGUUAUGCAUGCACAAAUCGGGAUGAGUUUAUUUUCUCUCCAUUGUACUUCUGAAUUUCAGAAAGUAAGCCCCCACUUCCCAUCAUCCAUCCAUUUACACUCUCUUUUGCUAGCAUUGACAGAAACACACUUUUUGUUUGUUUGCUUUUAACUUGUGAGCCACCUUGUGACUCUUGUGUGUUAAAGAUGCUUAAACAUCUUUUUUUUUUUUAAGACGUAGAGCAUUCCUUCCUUUUUUAGUUGCUUCCAAUUUCCAAGUUCAGAAAACUCGUUUGCUAAAUAUUGUGUUUUGUUUGGCAGGUUAAGCAGUGAUCUGCAGACUUAUCGCUCCACCCGCGUUCAGCAGCUGUAGUGCACUUUGCAUUUGUUGCUUAUAAUUACUGGCCAACCUUUGGUUUAUGAGGAGCAGCGCUCUACAGGGAGCUUGUGGUGAUGGAGGCACCUGAGGAGGCGUCGCUCGCAGCGGAGCAGACAGAUGGUGCGGCGCCGCCGCUGCCGGACCACACAACUGCCUGUUGUCAUGGAGCAGCAAAGAUGGCGAUCCUGGCCUAUAGCCUGGGCAAACGCGAAAUAAACCAUCAUUUCACCAUAAGAAAUGCUAAACUGAUAUCGUUUGUGCUUGUCGUUUUGCUCCUGGUGUUUCACGGAGUUUUGCGGCAUUAUGGGGGCGGAGACUCAUGUGAAUGGCUGCUGUCCACGGGACGGUACUUGGGAGAGAAUGUAUGGCAGCCUUAUGGCUGUAUGAUGCACAAAUACAAAAGCACUGAAGCCAAAACAUGCCUUUCAGAGAAACGGGUGGCCUUUGUCGGUGACUCACGGAUAAGACAGCUGUUCUACUCCUUUGUCAAAGUUAUUGAACCGGAUAGAAGAGAAGAUGGAAACAAGCAUGAAGACAUUUCCUUUGAGGAGGUGGAGUCAUCAGUUAAAGUGGACUUUCUGUGGUGUCCAGAGGCUAAUAAUUCAAUGAAAGAACGAUUGGCUUCAUGGAUACAGGAAACGUCAGCAAAACCAGACGUGGUCAUCCUCGGAGCUGCUACAUGGUCCAUCAAGUUGCAUGGUGGCAGCAGUGAGACCCUGCAGCAGUAUAAAGUCAACCUGACAGCCAUCGCUGUGCAUCUGGAAAGGCUGGCUGAGCAUGGCGAGGUCUACUGGAUCCUUCAAGAUCCGGUUAACGAGGAGGCUUUGAGUGAGAACAGGAAGAUGAUCACCAAUCAACAGCUGGAGCUCUACAAUGAGGUGGCAGUGAGCGUACUCAAUGGCACCAAGCACAAUGGCAGAUCUGGAGUCAAGCUGGUGGCAGCCUCCCGGCAGGCUGCGUUGGAAACUAUCACUCAAUCAGAAGAUGGUUUGCACUUGCCUGAGAGCACCAGGAAAGUGGGAGCCAUGCUGCUCAUGAACUCCGUGUGCAACAAGCUGCUGAGGCCCAUAGACGGCUCCUGCUGCCAGACUUUACCACCCCUAAAUUUCCUUCAGAAGCUUACGGCCUGCUUCUUCCUGGGCUCAGCUGUGAUCUUUGCAGUCCUACACGUCCUUGGCAACAACCGCCAUCGCCGACCCGUGCCUGCCGACGUGGAGAGCCUGGAGGAGAAGAAGCCGGCGACCGCUGCCGUCCCUCUGGGGCCAAAGGCGCCCUUUCAGGCCCUCUGCAGGAUGGGAGUCAUAAUGAGCUACUUUUACCUUUGUGACCGAGCAGAUGUGUUCAUGAAAGAACACAAGUUCUACACGCAUUCGGCUUUCUUCAUUCCUCUCAUCUACAUCUUUGUGCUGGGCGUAUUUUACAGCGAAAACAGUAAGGAGACCAAACUGCUGAACAGAGAACAAACAGACGAGUGGAAGGGCUGGAUGCAGCUGGUCAUCCUCAUCUAUCACAUAUCUGGAGCCAGUGCUUUUGUUCCAGUGUACAUGCAUGUGCGGGUGCUGGUGGCAGCUUACCUAUUCCAGACAGGUUAUGGACAUUUUUCCUUCUUCUGGCUGAAAGGAGACUUUGGACUCUACAGAGUGUGCCAAGUGUUGUUCCGUUUGAACUUCCUGGUGUUGGUGCUGUGUGUUGUGAUGGACAGGCCGUAUCAGUUCUAUUACUUUGUUCCACUGGUCACAUUCUGGUUCGUCAUCAUUUACGGCACAAUGGCCUUGUGGCCUCAGAUCCUACAAAAGAAAGCCAACAGUAGUGGGAUGUGGCACCUUGCAGUUCUGGCCAAGUUACUCGGUCUUCUGCUGUUCAUUUGCCUUUUCGCUUUCUCACAGGAAUUUUUUGAGAGCGUUUUCUCUGUGUGGCCAGUCUCCAAGCUCUUUGAGCUGAACGGAAGUGUCCACGAGUGGUGGUUCAGAUGGAAACUGGACAGAUUUGCCGUGAUUCACGGUAUGCUGUUUGCCUUCAUCUACCUGGUGCUGCAGAAGCGUCAGGUGUUGUCAGAGAGCAAAGGAGAGCUGCUCCUCCCUCCCAAGAUCUCCAACCUGCUCCUCUCCCUCUCCAUCUUCUCCUUUGUUACCUACUCAAUAUGGGCGAGCAACUGCAAAACCAAAACUGAGUGCAAUGAGAUGCAUCCUUACAUUUCUGUAGUCCAGAUCUUGGCCUUCAUUCUCAUCAGGAACAUUCCCGGCUACGCCCGCUCCAUAUACAGUUCAUUCUUUGCCUGGUUUGGAAAGAUCUCUUUAGAGCUUUUUAUCUGCCAAUAUCACAUUUGGCUGGCAGCUGACACUAAAGGGGUUUUGGUACUCAUCCCAGGAAACCCUUCACUCAACAUCAUAGUUAGCACUUUCAUCUUUGUCUGCGUAGCUCACGAGGUGUCCCUCAUCACCAACGACCUAGCCCAGGUGGUCAUCCCUAAAGAUGUCAUGGCCCUGCUUAGGAGGCUGGGGUUCGUAGGGGUCCUCAGUCUGACUGUACUGCUACUGACCAGAGGUAACCAGCUCACACCUGGAGCCUGAUCAAUACCUCACGAUGAAGGACGCGGGCCGGAUCACAGAUCCUGGCCAGACUGAAUAAGAGGUACGGAUGCAGGCCGGAACCUGCUCUCAUAAGUUCUCUGGUUAUGUUUAGAUAUAGUCUUUCUUUUUUUUUUUUUACUUCGGUGAAACACAAACUCUGAAAUUUAAAAAGAAUUUAGGAAAAUCCUGAAAAAGAGGAAAAUUCUACAAGAAAAGACAAAACAAAAACUGUUAACACGACUUCUUCUGGAGGAAGAGGCUGUCUUGUUUCAAGACGUUUGUCUGCGUGGACCAAGGCUUCUUUGUCUGACUUCAGUCACGUGGCAUUCCUGUUUACUCGGACUUCUCUCCGUCCACUUAGCAGCUAGUCCCCAUAACCAGCACAUUCAGGCAUCCACUCUUCGUCAACUGAUGUUUAAAUCUGCUGAUUCCACAUCACUACUAUUGUUUGACAUUCUGAUGUUUGAGGACUUUUGUGUUUCAGAAAAAUAGCAAAGUGCAAUGGCUGCAAGUGGUAUGUCCUUUUUAAAAAGAUGAGCCUCACAGAAAGACUUUGUGGACAUCUGCUGUAGCUUGGAAACGUGUGACAUGUACAGUAUUUAAUGAUUUAAAUUAAACAUAUAUUUUAUAGGGGAGGGGGUGGGGGUUUUUGUUUUUGUACUUUGCGCCCACGACUGCUGUUUGUGAAGAAAAGUACCGCAAAGGUAAUUUUGUACCCAUCCCUACUAAAGACACGGUUGAGCGUUUUAGCCGACUGUCUCCAUACUGGCUGAGUCUCCUCGAUGUGUGUUUAUUCGUAUGAUUUUAGUUACAGAUUUUUUUUGUACAGUAUUUCUUUUUUCUCUUUUCUAAAGUUCAAGUGAAAAAAAAACCCAGCCCAGCACUGGUUACAAAAACACCACUCUGCAUGUUUUAUUCUUUAACCAGCUUACGGAAGCCCAAAACGGCCUGCCCUACUUUUUUUUUAUUUUUAUUUUUUACAUUUUUUAAAAUUGUUUUCUCUUUAUAAUGAGAUAGUAACUAGUUAUAUCGAGAAAACAAACUUGUGAGAUAGUAUCUCAUUAUAACGAGAUAACAAAGUUUGUUUUCUCAAGAAAACAAACUUUAUUUCGUUAUAAUGAGAAAUUUCCUAGUUUUCUCGAGAAAACAAACUUUGUUUUCUUGUUAUGAGAUAGUAACUUCUUAUAACGAGAUAUUAUCUAAUGAGAAAACAAACUUCAUUUUCUUGAGAAAAAUAAGUUGUUUUCUUGUUACAACGAGAUAGUAACUCAUUGUAACGUGAAAACCAACUGUUUUCUCAAUAAAACAAAAUAUCUUGUUAUAACGAGAUAUUAUCUCACGAGAAAACAAACUUUGUUUUCUUAAAAAUAAAAGUUUUCUCGUUAUAACGAGACAGGAACUUGUUUGAACGAGAUAUUAUCUCAAUAAAACAAACUCUUUACUCAAUUAAACAAAAUAUCUCGUUAAAACGAGAUAGGAACUUGUUAUAACGAGAGAUUAUCUCACAACAAAACAACCUUUGUUUUCUCAUUAUAACGCGAUAAUAACUAGUAACGAGAAAACGAACUUUGUUUUCUUAAUAAAACGAAAAAAUAUCUCAUUAUAACGAGAUAAAGCUCAUUUUCUCGUUAAAAUAAUACAGUGGAUCUUGUAAUAAUGAGAAAACGAUCAGAAAAAAAAGUAGGGGAGGCCGUUUCCACCUUCCGUAGCAGAUUAAAUUAAUGUUUCUCCAUCAUAACUCUGACUGGUUCAUGAUGCUGGAUGAAUUCUUCUUAACGUACGUUAACGUUCUGCUUCUUCCACAUGAAACUGGCAUCUGCGAUGUAUCCGAGUUCCCACUCGUCCAUGUUUGGGCUCAGCAACAGAAAAAAACUGCUAAUGCACUGACUGAGUUUAAGAAGACGCGUUACUGUUGCAUUGAUUCAAACAUUUUGUUGCCAAUGUUUCUCCACCUGUGUAUGUUUAAACAAAGAGCACUUUUAUUAUUUCUUUCCCUCCACUUUCAUUCUAAGGUUGUAAAUAGUUAAAGCACUUUUGACUCAUUUUUAUAGGAGAUUUGUGCAGAAAAAAGAGAAGCUGUUGUGGUUCUUAAACCCAAACUGUGUUAUUUUUUUGCCCUUGGGAAGUUACAAAAAAAAAAAAA